AUGAAAUAACUUGAUCUCUUUGGUAGCUAAAUACUUUUUAGGUUUAACAAACAGCCAACUCAUAAUACCCGCUUUGGAUCAAUAUUCACAAUAGCUAUUGUAACGGUUAUAAUAUUGCGUCUCAUAAUAAUUAUAUCAUCUGUUGUUUAAAGAACUAAUCCUGUUGUUAUAUACUAAGAAAGAUAGGUUGAUAGUCCAUAAAUAUUCACAAUAAAUGAAAAUACAUUCUAAAUCGCCUUUGGUAUGUAGGAUGCUAAUUUCAAUUAAUUUAUUGAUGAGUAAAUAUACAAAAUUACUGUUUAAAAUGUGCAUAAGACAACUACUGUAGAUGAUUCCACUGGAAAAGUUAAUGAUUAAUACGUGACCACUAAUGUACCUAUAACAAGAUGCUCUCUAGCUAAUUUUCCAGAUUUAAAUACUCGUCAGUACUACGAGAAAUUGGAUUAUACAAAUAUGUAUUGUUUUCCCCUUAAUAUGGAUUUAUUUAUAGAAGGAGAUUUUAAUGCAGAGUCAUUUUAGUAUAUUAACAUCAAACUUUAAAAAUGCUAAACAAAUUGCAAGCCUGAUUCUGUUAUUUAGCAAACCUUAGGUUAUUCUUUUUUCUCAAUGCAAUUUUCUGAUGUUAUAAUAGAUCCAACCUAAAAAACAAACCCAUUUAAACAUUAUUCUAGAGAUACUUAUUUUACAACAAGUUUACAAAUGCCAAAGAGUGUUGGUUUCUUAAUGAGAAACAACUACGUUUAAAGUGAUUAUGGUUGGAUUAACUCUGACAUAUAGACAGUAAGCUAUCCUUCUUUCAGUUAAGCUGAGUAAAACGUCUAUCCGAGUACUUUUUAAAAUUUUUUCUUUUAGAUGGUCAUCCGUUUUGAGAAAUAGAAAGAAAAUCUUUACACAAGAAAAUAUUAAAAUUUAAAUGAUAUAAUUUCGCAAAUAGGUGGGUUUACUUAGUCUUUGCUUGCAAUAGGUUUUCUGAUAUGCUCAAGAUUAUCUUAACUAGAUCUCAACAAAGAAAUUAUAAAUGAGGCAUUCAACUAUGAAAAUGUUAACUUUGAAGAAUAAGAAGAUAAUAAUAAAUUGAAUUAAGUUUGUUAAAAACAAAUAGCUAACAAUUAAAAAUAAAUUCAUUAAGACAUUUCUUUAGAAAAUAUGCAAUAAAGUUUUCUGAAGAAAUAAAUUGAAAGUAAUCUCCCCAAUCAAAAACAUUAAAUUGCGUCACAUUUUAAGUAAGAUUAAUCUAGUAUGAAUUAAACAGAGCUUAAGGGUAUUCUAAUUAAACCAAUGUCUCUUGACCCAAACCAAUCAUAUAACAAUAAUCAAUCAAUUUUAUUUAACGCAAAUUUAAGCUAAAAUUAGUAAUCUUUAACAACCUAAUGUUAUCCACAAAACUAAAAUUCUCAAAGAAGCUCACUUAAGAAUAACCUAAAAUAGGAAGCAAAGCAGCAUUCUCCUACUGAAAAAAAAGGGAUAGAGCAAAUGCUAUAAAGUAAAUCCUAAGACUUGCCAAAUUCUUAAUAAUAAGACAAUGAAAAAUAGUUUUUAUAACAUCUUAUCUAAAAUUAGGAUUAAUAAAUUUAAAAUAAUAAUUAAAAAGAUGAAUUGGAAUACCAUUUAUCAUCUGACCAUUAAAAAUUAAAAUAGCAACAAUAAAAAUUAGAAGAGAAAAAGUAAAAGCUAAAGGAAAACAUGUUUAAAAAGCUGAUGUAAAAGGCAACAAGUAGCAUGACUUUAAACACUUUGGAGUAUUUAAAAUUUUUCCUGUGGCCAUUUGGUUAAAAGAUUAAGUAAAAAAAGAAAAUAAUUGAUUACAGCAUAGAUUAGGUCUAUUACCACUUAGAUGUUAUACAUGUAAUUAAAAAGUUGAUGGAAGUGGAUAAAUUAAAGAAUAUUCUGCUAAAUCCUGAUUAACUUAGAUUAUUUGAGUAUAUUCCAAAGCCAACAAUCAGGUCAAACUAUGGUUUUUGUAAAAAAGCAACUGAUAUAGAAUUUUAAAUGGAUGAUCAAUAUCAAGAUAACAGGACUGAACUUCAAAAGGCACAGCAAGCAUACUAAGCAUAUUAAAAUAUAGCAAGUAAAUAAAAUUUAAGUGCAUUGGAUACUAAAAUACUUUAGCUUUUAGAUUAAAAAUUGCUUUAAUUAUUUGGUAUAAGUCAAAGUUCGAGAGAUGUUUUAAUCUAAAAAGCAUAAAUUAUUCCAUAAAAUAUUGAUAUUUCUUAAUCUUUGAAUCGAACCUCAGCUAUCAAAAAUAAUAAUGAUAAAAUAUGUGUUUAAAAUAUUUCAAUAUCAAACUCAAAUUCUGAUGAAGAUAGAAAUGAAAAAAAAUAAGAUAUUUCUACUUCCAGAAUAUAAAAUUAGUCAGUGCAAGCAGCAAAGGAAUAUCAUCAGAAUUUCUUAAGUCCUAAAAGCGAAAAUUAGCAAAUACUUAAUUUUGUCCAAGAUAAUUAAAUGUUAAGUCCCCGAUUAGAUUCUUCAAAAAGUAUUUUUUCAGAAAUAGCAGGAAAUGAAGCUGAGUUAAAAUAAAAUUAAAUCCACGAAUUUGAGAAUUCUAACCCUAAAGGUUAAAGCUAGCUCAAUCAGUGA